CCCUUCUCAACCAAUCUUUGGUGUUCUUUUGCCGCACACAAACGUGAGGUGAGCCAAUCUUCAUUCAUACUUCAAACUUACGCGUUAAGACUUUAGAGAAUGAAAUUUCUACUAAAAUUUGUGUAUCAAAUAACUCCCAAUCAAAACCCCUUGUCACUACUGACCCAGAAAACGACCUCCUAAAACCCUUUUCUCAUCUCUGUCUCUCAUCAAAAAUCUUCUCUGCCCACUGAGUUUCCAUAAGAUUCUGAACCAUUAGAGAAAAGGGUCUUCGUCCAUUUGCGCUAAUAUUGUUGUUCGGCCCUCGUCUUCUUCUUCCUCGUCCUGUUUCAGUGUAGAGAUGAGAAAUCUGCCCUUUUCGCUUGGGAUUUAAGCCAGCUGAUCGAGUUCCUGUUUCCAUAUCUCUUGGUGGUUUGAUUAUUCGCGAUUGUUUCUUCUGUUCAUGGGUAGGAAGCGCUUUUGGUUCUGUGCUCAAUCGGUUCCUGGUUUCUGGGUCGUCUUCUCUGCCAUUGCCUCCUUGACAAUGGCAGUACAAGCAUUUACUGGAACAUAUGGAAUAAAUUACGGAAGGAUUGCUGAUAACAUUCCUUCCCCUGAUGAAGUUGUUUCGCUUCUCAAAGCAGCAAAAAUAAAGAAUGUUAGGAUUUAUGAUGCUGAUCACAAGGUCCUGAACGCGUUUAGUGGGACGGGGCUUGAAUUGGUGAUCGGUCUCCCGAACGGGUUUUUGAAAGAAAUGAGUUCGAGUGAGGAACGAGCGAUGAACUGGGUGAAGGAAAAUGUGCAGGCAUUCCUUCCUCAGACUCACAUUUGUGGGAUUGCCAUUGGAAAUGAAGUUCUAGGAGGAGGUGACCUUGAGUUGUGGGGAGCACUCUUGGGUGCUACAAAGAACAUCUAUAAGGCAGUGAAGAAGCUUAACUUAGAUGGUGUUGUUCAGAUAACGACCGCGCAUUCUCAGGCGGUUUUUUCGAACUCGUUUCCACCUUCUUCGUGUAUCUUUAGAGAAAAUGUUGUUCAGUACAUGAAGCCUUUGUUGGAGUUUUUUUCAGAGAUCGGUUCACCUUUCUGUUUAAACGCAUACCCUUUCCUAGCUUAUAUGAGUGAUCCAGAGAAUAUUGAUAUCAACUAUGCACUUUUCGAAUCAACCGAGGGGAUUUUUGAUCCUAAAACCAAUCUACGAUACGACAACAUGCUCGAUGCUCAGAUCGACGCUGCAUAUGCAGCAUUGGCUGAUGCUGGAUAUCAUAAAAUGGAAGUCAUAGUUACCGAGACCGGUUGGGCUUCCCGUGGGGACGAAAACGAAGCUGCAGCAACAGCAAAUAAUGCUAAGAUCUUUAAUUACAACCUCAGAAAGAGGCUUGCUAAGAAGAAAGGAACUCCCUUCAGGCCAAAGAAUGUAUUGAAGGCCUAUAUUUUUGCAACUUUUAAUGAGAAUUUGAAACCAGGGCCAACUUCUGAGAGAAAUUUUGGACUUUUCAAAGCUGAUGGGACCAUAUCAUAUGACAUUGGAUUUCAUGGGCUUCAAUCUUCAUCUUCAAGUUCAUCUUAUUUAUCUCUCAAGAAUCACCGAGCUCGAGGACUUGCAGGAAGCCUCAUUUUCUCAUUAACAGUCUCGGUCGUGACGCGGCUUCUAUUGUUGAGAUGAAAAUAGAGUUUCUUAAGUUAGGAAGGUGAAGGUAAAGGUGCAGCAGCUGGUGGAAAACAUUGAAUCUUGUGCUGGUACAUGUCAUGAUACAGUUGCUGUUUAUUCUUUUGCUAUAAAAUGUAUCCCAAUUUUCCUCCAGGUUGAGUUUGAGAUGAAGCUAUUGAAUCAUAAAUGGAAGUGCCAAAAUAUGCUUAUGAGUUCCUGA